GAGACUGCUUCUAAUGAGUGUACAAGUGGCGUUUCGGUCGCUGUGACUGUAAUGGUAUCGUAAAUACGUGAAAGUGAUUUUAAAGAAGGGUUGGUGCGUUUAUUUAAUAUUAACGCGGUUCGGAUAGAACGGUCGACAAAAGUUGAAGGAUACGUAAUUAUUGCGCUCGGUCUCGCAUAAAGUAUAGUAUUUAUCGUUGAUUGGGGAUAGGAUUUUUUAUUGUUGAUUCGCGAAUGAUUUAUCGUCGCGCACAAAAUGUUGGUACACUUUCUACGAGGAAUUAAUUUCUAUCGGUUUAAAAAUUGGAUGGAUAAACUUUUAACCCGAAGAUUAAUUACACAUACGUUCGGAAGAUAAGGAAACACUUUGUUGUGUCGAUGAAAUGGAGUAUCAAGACGGAUUUUAUAUGACCAAACAGAAUUUUUGGAAGUGUAAUAGUAAUAUGCAGUCGGAAAGUGGGUACGGCUCGGAUGAAUUCAACGACUCGCCCCGCUACACCUCGCCGAACCCAUCAACGGGUUACUACCUAGGCGCAGAUGCCACACCCGGGGAAUGGCACCCGUCGUACACCACCAGCGCGUACCAAACGUACGAAGCGUACGGUCUCAUCCCUGAAACAGAAGGUCAAGGUCUGCCCCCAAUGUCUUCGCUAAGGCCGAACGGUACCGCCGUAACCACCAUGUCCGGUACGAACAGUUCGACUUUCGGUCCGGCGAAUCACACAGACGGUGUGAAUAAAGCUUUAGGAACAAUUUAUCCAAUAGUGGAACAAGCUAGCGCUAGUAGUUAUAGUUCGGCCCCGUCGACGCCGGUUAGUUCGCCACCUCCAUUAGCGCCAUCUAGCUGGUUAGCUAAUCAUAACACUCCACAUUCGCCCCAUUAUACACAAUCGGUUAAUGUGAAUAAUAGUGCUGCACCUCAGGGUUUACAUAUGCCUCCCGCCCCCGAAGCGCAACGCUUAGAUGAUGCAAUUGGCUUUUUAAGAGACCACGCGGAAGUAAAUGGAACACGUAUGGAAGAAAGACUGGACGACGCGAUUAACGUGUUGCGUAAUCACGCGGAACCCCAAAUUAUAGGGCAGCUUCCACCCAAUCUUACACAACACCAGAUGACGACACUGGGCUACACAGCGGCGGCGUCGGAACCACACAUACCCGAUACAGUUAAAGUAGAAAGAGCGACAUACAAUACAAAAAAACGCAAAGAGCCUCCAGAUAGCGACACAAAACCAUCCAGUUCAGUAGAAACGAUAGUACAACCAAAUUCUACCAGUGGGCCUCCACCAAAAACGACAAAAAGGUCUAGGAGAUAUUGUUCCAGUGCGGACGAAACGGAAGAGGGUGAACUAGAUCCCGAUAUUAAAGCGCAAAGGGAGAAAGAGAGGAGGCAAGCCAAUAACGCUAGAGAAAGGAUACGUAUUCGUGAUAUUAACGAAGCUUUAAAAGAACUGGGAAGGAUGUGCAUGGCGCACCUAAAGACAGAUAAACCACAAACGAAGCUUGGUAUUUUAAAUAUGGCGGUCGAAGUCAUUAUGACUUUAGAACAGCAAGUUAGAGAGAGGAAUUUGAAUCCUAAAGCAGCAUGUCUAAAACGACGAGAGGAAGAAAAGGCAGAAGAUGGCCCUAAAUUAGGGCCAGGGCCGCAUCAUAUGCUUACUGCCCAACAUUACCCCACCUUACCGGGUGCUCCUGCCAACUUGCCUCACAAUCCGGGCCAGCCACAAUAGCAGUGCUAAAAAGGCAGGUCUGCCACCUGUACAUAACUUUUCGUACAAACGGCUCUCAUCAUUUGUUCAUCAAUGAUCAUGCAACAAACUAUAUUAUAUUUUUUUAAGAAUGUUCUGUAGUGAUACAAUAACGUAUUUUAUUGUUUUACAAAUUACUUUUCACUUACUGAGAUGGAAAAAAGAGAUGUUUGAUGAGCGUUUUGACGCACGACCGGAGAAGUAUUUCCUAUAUUUUUUUUCAUGUCGAACAAUUUUGUGUGUGCCAAAUAAAGAAACACAAUACUCUUACCGUGAAACACAUACGUACGUUUUUGAUCUCUUUUAGCCAUGAUUUUUGUGACAUAUUUUCGUAGUUCGUAGCAAAAUUGUGCCAUUCGUUUUAAAUUUUUUUCGCUUUUUGAUAAAAGCGAGAAAAAUUCAAUCCGUACUCCGAUCGUGCGUCGACGAAAUUGAUACAUGCGCCAGUAUUUUGAAAAUUAUGACUUAUAGAAUUUUUAUGAGAAGUCGUCUUCUCGUCACAAACUGUAAAUAAGUGUUCAUUAGUGUGGCCGGUGACUUUUCUCCAGUAUUUUGAUAUGCAAUAUAAAAUUUAACUUACGUAUUACGAAAAGGGGGAGAGGUUUCCGGUGCUCUCUUAAAUAUAUGCCAUUGAGAAAUGAACAUAACUUAAGAUAUUACUUAUUUAAUAUUAAACGGUCUGUUUAUUCACUGAACUAUUUUUUUAUAUCUUAUAUAUUUUAUUAUUUGAGCGGUAGAUUUUUUUAAUUAUUCUACUAAACUUAGUGCAACUUUAAAAUUUAGUUUGGUGUUCAAACUAUAACCAGAUAUAUCAAUACAUUUUUGUUCAUUAUUUUUAAUUUUAAGUUUUAUGUAAUAUUUAACUAUAAUUUUUAUUAGGUAUAUUUUAUUUUAAGGUAAAGAUGUAAUUUUUGCAUUGUUUCUCUUUUAGCUUUUUAGUGAAUUUUUAUUUAUAUUUGUUUUUAUUGUUAAAAAAAAGCUCAGUUUGAAUUCCGAUAGAGUUCAACCGACAGUUUAUUGUUGCAAUGCAAUCAGGAUUUAGCGUCAUUGUAAAUUUUUUGCAAUAAUUCGUAAUGGCAUAGUAUAUUUUUCAUUCCACUGGCAGCCAUUUUGUACUAUUAUUUAUUAGGCAGCAAAUGGAAGACAUUAAUCGCGGCAGCCGUGCAUAUAAACACAAUCAUUCAUCUUCUAUUUUGGCUCAAUUUUCAAUAUUGGUGCAACUAAUUUUUUUUGUUUUUGUAUUCUAAAUAUUUUGUAAAGCGAAUCUUAAUCAUUAACAUUGUUGUCUACAAUUACACAAAUUGUUUAGACGUUUGAUAAUGAUAUAUAUAUUUUUUUAGUUAGUGGACAACAUGUUAUUCUUGAGAUUUGGCUCUUAAACGAUUAGACGAUUUGUAAAGCUUACCUUGACAUGUAUAAACGUUUAAAGCGGAUGUGUUUUUAAGUAUAUAAAAAAGUAUAUAUGAAUAAAAUACAGCGUGAUGAAAAAGUAAACUUAAGAUAUACAGUUAGAAUACGGUAUAAAAUGAAUAUCAAUGUAAUAUACAAUACGUACAUAAUAUACUAUGUGCCAUUUUUCAUAAACAA